AUGAUGACAUCGUUGACGCUCUCUGGUGCGGUUUUCAUACUGCUGUGUUGCUACUUAAACCAUCAACAAGUGAAAGCAAAAAGCUUCGAAAUUGUGAGUAUUAGGAGUCAUGUAAAUGGUGACAAAGUCGCGUUGAAAACUUUAAUUCACGAUAACGGUACUAAAUUCGAUAUACAUGCUACACUUUUCAAACCACUGAGAACGCACGAUCUUUUAAUGAGUUUGAAAUUGAAACGGAAAAUCGAAGAGAGCACAAGCUAUCAAAAUAUCUUUCACUUACGCCAAAUUGAUGUUUGUAAAUUUCUUGCCAACAGCUAUCACAAAUAUUUAAGCCAAUCAUUAUUUAACAUAUCACCAACGACAUUAUCGCAACUGGAAUGUCCAAUGAAACCGGGCGAGUACCAUAUCACAAAUCUUACAGUCGGAACAAAUCCCUUGGUAAAUUCUUUGGAGCCUGGUUUUUAUCGAUUUUAUGUAGAGGUGGCACAGGUGAGCAGUUUGGCGGUAAAAGUACUCGAUAUGCAGAUAACCACUUUAUAUAAAUUAUAA